CUAGUAAAUAAUUAUGUACUUUUCAUAAAAAACAUCAGUAUUUAUUUAGUUAUUUAUUUUCUGUGAUACUCCAACAUGGCUGCGCCCUUGAGAAAAUAUUCGCAAACAUUUUUGGUUUCCAAAAUUAAGCAGAUAAAAAAUCCUGUACGGUUGAAAAAAUACUGGGAAGUCGGUGAAGAUAGCUUGAGAGAAAAGGGGGAAACCAUUACUGACAGAAUUGUAGGUCUGCCAAAGAAGGUUAAAAAUCAUCCAGAGACUUUGUUCAGAGGCGAGUUUGAUGUGGAACCAGUAAAAGGGAGAAUAUACGACAAGAAACCUUUCCCAGCACUUCUAAAGGCAGGCAAACAAUACUUUUGGUGUACGUGUGGAUACAGCAAACAUCAGCCAUUUUGCGAUGGGACACAUAAAAGGGUAUUUACUGCUUUGUAUCAAGAACGUUUAGAAAGGGAAGGACAGAAGAAAGCAAUUAAAUAUCAGCCAGUUAAGUUUGAGGUAGAGGAAGAUGGAGAAUACUGGUUAUGUAACUGUAAACAAACUGGUAAUAGACCGUUCUGUGAUGGAACACAUAAAAGAGAUAUAGUACAAACAGGGAACUCAACCGUAUAGCAGUGGACCAGUCUGCAA